AUGGAUAGUAAAAAGAAAAAUAUAUUUAAGGCUUUAAUUGGAAUGAAAGACGGAGAUUAUAUCAACUGGAUCUGCAACGGUGCAUUAAUUAAUGAGCGGUGGGUUUUAACUGCUGCUCACUGCUUUCUAAUUAGAUGGGGAACUGGAAGGUCGGAUUCCUAUGAUUAUCGAAAUCAGAUGUGGUCGUCAGUGGUGGUACGACUUGGCGAGUACGACUUCCGCGACGAGUACGACUUGGCAUCCCACGAAGACAUUGGUGUCGAGGAGGUCGUGCCUUUUCCCGAUUACGUCCUGUAUAAGGGGUACCACGACCUGGCCCUCAUCAAACUUACUUACAGGGCUAGAUUGGGGAGGUAUGUCAAUCCUGCAUGUCUUCCGUGGGGGACACUUGGGCAGCAAGACUUGGAAGACAGACCUGUCAUUCAAACGGGUUGGGGCGCUUCUUGGUCAGAUGGCGCAUACUUGUCUCAUCUCUACACGACCGCUUUGAGGGUGUAUCCGCUACGGGAAUGCAAUUACAUUUACUCUCGGAAGGAGGACUACGAUCUCCUGUUUCCUAACGGCAUGGGGGAGGACACGCUGUGUGCGGGGGAUCCCCGCGGCGACGAAAUUGCGUGUCAGGGCAAUUUCGGAGGAGCUCUCGCCUACUUGGACGCCGAAAACCGCCACGUCCUGGUUGGCAUCGAGUUUAGGAGCUUCAGCUGUGUUGGCCGCAGAGACCCAGGACUCUUCGUGAACCUGCAGAUGACGCCUUACCUGUCGUGGAUCAGAACUGUUGCUUUCAGAGACGAUUUAGGUCCGUUUCUUUGAAAAAAAAAAAAAAAAAACGUGAAGAGGUAUUUCCAAAAUAAAAGGGAAAUGCAAGAUGAGAUACAACUGUCUCCCUUCGUGUUGUAGAUGACUACAUUAUACUCUGUUUUUUCCAUCUGUCCAUCUGCUUGUGGUGUUCUCGCAUGGUAACACUGCGUCCUGGGCUUUAAAUAGUUACGCUAUAUGUAAGUUUUAGGUAAAUAAAAGGAUAUCUGGGUGUACAUUUGCAACUGAAAAGUGUUUUAAUAAUUUAUUGUAUGCGAAUUACACCGUUAAUAUUCGAAAUAGGAUAUUAUUUAAAGCCCGGGAUGCAGUGUUACCAUGCGCAAACACCACAGGCGGAUGGACAGAUGGAAAUAAACAGAGGACCUAUCUAAACUAAGUGCCACAAAGAAA